UGACGUGAAUCUACUGCGCAUCAUACAGCACAGCGGCUUUGAAAAUGGAAGCUGGUUGGACGAUUGCAUUUAGAAAUAAUGUCAGGUUGCACGGUGUAAUCGUGGUUAAACAAUGCAAUAGCAUCAACAAAGCGCCGAUUAAAAAAGCCAACCUGUCUGUUUAGUUUUCAACCUAAAAUGAAAAUGUCCAGCAGAUUCAAAUAAAAAGUGUAAGUGAAGAAAAUGUCCCUUAAAGGAAGUAAAAAAGAUCAGAAGUGCUCUCACAGAACACAGCUAUAUAUCGAGGUCCCAUCGACAUGUUUGCCAAUUGUCUACUCUCCAGAAUACAACAUUACUUUCAUGGGACUUGAAAAAAUGCAUCCCUUUGAUGCCGGAAAAUGGGGGAAGGUUAUUGGCUUUUUAAAAGAAGAACAAUUGAUAACGGAUGACAACAUUGUGGAAGCCCGGGAGGCCACUGAGGAUGACCUCCUAGUUGUCCACACAAGACGCUAUCUUAACAAAUUAAAGUGGUCGUUCGUAGUGGCUACCAUCACGGAAAUCCCUCCGCUCCUGCUCCUGCCCAACUUCCUGGUUCAAAGAAGGGUGCUGCGGCCACUGAGAACUCAAACAGGAGGAACGAUCAUGGCAGGCAAGCUGGCUAUUGACAGAGGAUGGGCGAUCAAUGUGGGUGGUGGCUUUCACCAUUGCUCCAGUGACAAAGGUGGAGGGUUUUGCGCCUAUGCUGACAUCACGCUGACUAUCAAGUUUUUGUUUGAGAGAGUAGAAGGAGUAUCUAAGGCGACAAUUAUUGAUCUGGAUGCGCAUCAGGGAAAUGGUCACGAGAGAGAUUUCAUGGAUGACAAAAGAGUGUAUAUCAUGGACGUCUACAACAGAUACAUAUAUCCUGGGGACGGAUUUGCGAAGCGGGCUAUAAAGAGAAAGGUUGAGCUGGAUUGGGGUACUGAGGACCAAGAAUAUCUGCAGAAGGUGGAAAUGCACGUGGAGGGAGCACUGAAUGAAGUGAAACCAGACAUCCUUGUCUACAACGCAGGCACUGAUAUCUUGGAUGGGGAUCCGCUGGGAGGCCUUGCCAUUUCUCCUCAGGGCAUUAUUAAACGGGAUGAAAUCCUGUUUAAAGCUGCUCGUAGGAGGAAGAUCCCGAUCCUCAUGGUGACGUCUGGAGGCUAUCAGAAGAGGACUGCGCGGAUAAUAGCUGAUUCUAUAAUUAACUUGCAUAACCUGGGGCUGGUGGACUGUGACUCCGCAGCAAGCGAAGCCAGGCCUUCCCAAGUCCCUUUGAUGAUGAGCAAGUCAAUUUCAUCAGCUGCAGUUUUGUCAUCUCGCUGAAUAUUUGCACUAAUUGUACUUUUGUCCUCAAAUGAAAAUGAUGCUACGCUAUGUGAUUAUUACUCCCAAACAGUAGCAUGUUUUUAUUCUCUGUUUUCCUCUCUCUCUCUAUGGUAGGUUUAUAAUACCGUGGUCUACUUAAAGAAAACUACUAGAGUGACUGGGGCUUCAGCUGCUGGUUGUCAGGCUUGCUGUCCAUCUAGGUUGGACCAGCUUUUUUUUUUUAACAAGAUUUACUAACUGCACUACUGACGGAGGCAAAAAAAGUAGUUUGCUUCCACUUUAAUAUGUACACUUAAGAUUUAUUUUGCUCAGUUAAGUCACAAUGUUUACACCUAUAAACAUAAUUUCCUGGAUAGUUUUUAGAAUGUAGGCAGGAGGAGCUUCUAAAUCCAAGGUUCUAAGCAUGGAAAGCCAGGCUGUUUGGGGUUGGAAUUACUGACAAGAUGGACUUCCAUUACAUUUGAAUUAAUGUGCAGAGGCAUUGUUUGUGUGUGGGCUAUAUACUCCAUCAUUCAGAUCAAUGCUUUUCUAGAGGUAAACACAUAACCCAGAUUCUUAGGUAUUUGAUUAUGUAUGUUUCUCUAGGGUGUCUUUUUAAGAAUCAGGUUUCUGAUAUAUUAAAAACAAAAAAAAAACAGCCUUAGGAGCAUCUUGCCUCCAUUUCUGUGAAUAUCCAUUUUGGUAGCGAUAUUACCCAACAGAGAACAAACAGAGGGGAACAACUACAAAUACAGUGCUUUCAAAAUGGUACUGUUGCAUUUAAAUAAUUAUACUAUUACGUUUAAAUAAUUGUAUUUAAUAACCAGAACUGAAAACCUGUUUUGUUUGUGCUGACAUGGUAAUGAUCAUGUGUCAUGUAGGAUGACAUUAACUUGAAGUUAAAAAGGUACUAAGGCAUGCUUCUUGGGGGCUGCCACAUGCUUUAGUUUGCAUUGUUUAACAAUCAUGUUGAUUGAUCGAUUGCAAUUCUGAAUGCAUUAUUAUUUUUAUUUGACCACAAAUUAUUAUUCAUACACCCUAACAGCUUUUGUAAAUGUAUUUCUUGCAGCAGUAAUAAACUUUAAUUUAUAAAACAAAUUAAAAAAAGAAAAUCAUAUCAAAUAUGAUUUUAAUACCAACAGCUGCUUGAUUUUCUCUGCAAAAGCCCCUGAGAAUCGAAGCAUUCAUUUGGCGUGGCCUAAAGAGUUUUUGACACUACCUGCUUUAAUAGAACAUCUGUCUGUUAAACUGUUUUCUUAGAAAGGGAAUGACAACUUCUAAAUUCUACUGGGAAAGAUACUGUGAAAGUGUUAACUCCUCUAAUGAAUACGAUUAUUCAGUAGCUUCAUAUAUUUCAAAAUCUGUUUAUUAUUAUUUAUUUCUUAGCAGACGCCCUUAUCCAGGGCGACUUACAAUUGUUACAAGAUAUCACAUUAUUUUUACAUACAAUUCCCCAUUUAUACAGUUGGGUUUUUACUGGAGCAAUCUAGGUAAAGUACCUUGCUCAAGGGUACAACAGCAGUGUCCCCCACUGGGGAUUGAACCCACAACCCUCUGGUCAAGAGUCCAGAGCCCUAACCACUGCUCCACACUGCUGCCCCUUACAGACAGCUAUGUAGAAAUGGUAGAUUCAAUUGAAAAAUCAUUGCCAUUAUAUGACCUGUAAUAUUACCCUAAUGCACAGGACUUAAGUAAAGCUAGUUUGAUUUGAGAAGUGGGCAGUGCUAGGAGAACCUUGGAGAGAUGAGUUUAUUUCCACACGAGGCACAGUGAGUGGCGCAGAAGAUAACCUUCACCUCUGGCUCACGAGGCUAUAGGUUCAGAUUCUGUUGAAAGAGAAAAAAACAUGUACUCAACCUACCACAAGUGCUUUAACAUGGCAGAUCAGUACUCUGUGGUGUGCUUUUAAUGAUAUAUGUGCUCUUACAUUUAAAACAAACACUGCGCCUGCCUGGCAUAUCUAAGUAGCUUUUGCUUUCAUCUGUCACUUCAAUUGGUGCGCAUAGAAAUACACUAAGCAGCCCCUGAAUAAAAAAGGGUCAGCAUGACUGGGUUUGUUUUUAUUCCACUUUUUCUGUUUACUCUCAAGAAAACAGAAGAAAUGUUCUUAUAUCAAUAGCAAGUUUGACCUUAAUUAAGAGCCCAGUAGAGGUCAUACAUGUAGCUGAAAAGCACUCUAUUACUUUGAUUCAUUGUGCUUGUUACCCAAGCAGUUGCUUACUGUACUUGUCUCAAAUGGGAUUGCACCCUAUCUGGGAAUUUAGACGUUCAGAACCCAGUCUGAAUGACUCAUUUGCAAAUUGAAUUUAGUGGUAAAUAAACUAGCACCAACUUACUCAGCAUUGUCCCCAUUGUUCUGUUUGAUUCCACUCUGUUUCAACACAGUUUUUCAGAUGGAUAAGCACUAAUUGUAGUCCUAGCUAAGGAGAGCCUAGUAAUUGGAUAUUUGUAAGUACACUGACUUGCUGUUCCUUAAAGAUAAUUCUGUAUGACAACAAUUGUGGGAAAAAAAAGUGCCAAAGCGAUGUUGUUUGUGUUACAUUGAUAAAAUAAUGGUGUUUACUGCU